UUUCCUUCAACUAUGGCCUCAGGCCUAUUGCCAUGCGGGUCUUUGCUAGAAUCAUUGGUUCAUAUAUCCAAUGAAGUUGCUUCCAUGGAAAAGCUUCCUUGUGUACAGGUUAGAAAUAUAUCAGCCAUGAUAAGAAGGACCAAACUUCUUUGUUCAUUGUUUGAAGAGAUUCAAGACACAAAUGGCUCAAUUCCACCUUCUUCAAUCCUAUGUCUCACUGAGCUUUUCUGCGUGAUUCGAAGAGUAAAGGCUUUGAUCCAAGAGUGCAAGGAUGGAAGCUGUGUCUGGGGGCUUAUACAGACACAGUUUGUUUCAAAUCAAUUUUAUGUGCUAGUGAAGGAGAUGGGGAGGGCACUUGAUAUUCUACCUCUAAGCUUGCUUGAUUUAUCAGCAGAUACUCGAGAGCAAGUUGAGCUCCUUCACAAGCAGGUGAAGAGGGUAGAUUCUUACGUUGACCCUCGAGAACGUCAAAGAAGAGAAGUGUUGCUACAAAUAAUGGCCAGUGAGAAGAAUAGCAAGAACAAGGGCUUCAUUGACUUUGGAAUAGUGAAAGAGAUUUUGAGCUGCAUUGGCUUGAGAAAUCCAUUUGACUAUGAAGAAGAAAUUUUAAAACUAGAGCUUGAAGCCAAGAAACAAGCAGGAACGGGUGGACUAAUCGUGGUAUCCAAUAUAAACAAUCUCAUCUCUCUCAUUUCGUUUUCCAAAUCUGUGAUUUUCAAUGAUAAACAAAGUGAGAGAACAAGAGAAGACUGUAUGCAACAGUCACAGUCUGCAUUCAUAAGUAGGAAUCAUGAUUAUUCUUCAUGUUCUCAGUCUUCUGUUGUUCCUAAUAUUCCCGAUGAGUUUCGUUGCCCGAUUACACUAGACUUGAUGAGAGACCCUGUGAUCGUAGCAUCAGGGCACACUUAUGAUAGACAUUCGAUUGCACGGUGGAUCAAUUCAGGGCAUUACACCUGCCCAAAAAGUGGGCAAAAGCUACUCCACAUGGCCCUCAUACCCAACUAUGCAUUGAAGAGUCUGAUACACCAAUGGUGCCAGGACAACAAUGUUUCAUUGAAUGAAGAUAAGGCAUCAUCUUUCUCAGACUCGGAGAGUGGAAACAGCAAAGGAAAACAAAGUGAAAAUGCUGUUGAUCAUAUUUCCGCUACAAAAGCAGUUGCUGAUGCUGUUAAAAUGACAGCAGAGUUUCUCGUGGGGAAACUAGCAACUGGCUCAGUAGAAAUUCAGAGGCAGGCAGCAUAUGAGCUUCGCUUACUUGUGAAAACUGGAAUGGACAAUCGCAGGAUGAUUGCUGAGGCAGGAGCUAUUCCAUUUUUGGUGACACUACUAUGUUCCCAUGAUCCAAGAAUUCAAGAAAAUGCUGUCACUGCCAUGCUCAACCUUUCCCUCUACCAAAAUAACAAGAUACUAAUAAUGGCUGCUGGAGCAAUUAACAACAUAGUAGAUGUGUUACAGUCAGGGAAGACUAUGGAGUCGAGAGAAAAUGCUGCUGCUGCUAUUUUCAGCCUGUCAAUCAUAGAUGAAUGCAAGGUGACCAUUGGUGCUAGACCUAGAGCGAUUCCUGCCUUAGUUGGGCUUCUGAGAGAUGGCUCUCCAGCUGGAAAAAGAGAUGCUGCAACAGCACUCUUUAAUCUUGCAGUCUAUAACGCUAACAAAAUCAGUGUUGUGGUUACUGGUGCGGUCCCUGUGCUAAUUGACUUGCUGAUGGAUGGCAAAGCGGGCAUAACAGAUGAUGCAUUGGCGGUACUUGCUCUACUUUUGGCUUGCUCUCAAGGGCUGGAGGAGAUUAGGAAGAGUAGAGUUCUGGUGCCUCUUCUUACUGACCUGCUAAGAUUUGGGUCUUACAAAGGGAAGGAGAAUUCAAUAACUCUUCUAUUGGGACUUUGCAAAGAUGGAGGAGAGGAGGUAGCAAGAUGUCCGCUAAUAAACCCAAGAAGUGUUCCUUCUCUUCGGAGUUUGGCUGCCGAAGGGUCCCCAAAAGCUCGGAGAAAGGCGGAUGCACUGCUUCGAUUACUCAGCAGGUGUUGCUCUCAGUUUCACAAUCCUGUUGGAUUGUUAGUAUAA